AUCCCCUUGUCAUCUCGCACCAUUCCCUCCAUCCUCGAUACCCACCAAUACCCCCACCACAUCAUGACCAUGUACAGCUGGAUUCAGAUGGUCACUCGCAAAGAGCGUGGUAUCUCCAUUUUCAAAGAUGGAGACCGCCGCACGCCCGAGGGCCUCGAUUUCGCUCGAGAGAAGACUCGUCUCCUCAUCUCGGACAUUCGCGCUCGCUUCUCCUCCGGCGACCAACUCCCUUUCGACCUCAGGUUCAUAGAAACCCUUCGCUCUCUCCUCGACCAUACCUCUGGUGAACUCGCCGAUGGAGACUUGUUUCUGACCGAGGAACAGGUCAUGGCCCUGCACAGCGCUGUCGUCACCCUCUAUCGCGACGAACUUUCGGACGACGAAGACGAUGUUUCUCGCUUCCUGCAGUACACCAAGAGCAGCAUCGUCAAUGGUGUUUCGCCCGGCAAACGACAGGAAUCGGCAGCGACUCCCAUCGGCUCCAGCUCUCGCUUGUUUGCACGUCGCUCGACCCCCCGUCGUCUGAAGAGAAAGUCACCUCCUCACCAGAGCCCCGAGCUCGCUACCGAGGAUACCCGAUCUUCGCCCAGUCCCCCUACUCAAGUUCGCCGCCGACUUCCCAGCCCUGAAGUCGCAGCAGAGGUCGUCAUUGAAACCACGGAGCAGGCGAACACCCCGACCAAUAUCGAAGAUCCGAUGAUGAUGCUCAAGCGCAGGAACCUCGAGCUCCAAAACGAGCUCCUUCUCGAACGCAUCGAAACGGAACGAGCCCUCCGCCAAGAAAGGAUCGCUGCCAUCAGACGUGGCGACGCCAGAACGUCCUCCCACUGACUUGUUCGCUGUCAGCUACAGCUGUGAUCAAUAUAUCGCACCUAUUGACCCCUUG